GUUUACAUUUUUUUGCUUGGAAGACUCUGAGCACUUUGCAUCCUUUAGGGCAUUUUGGCUUAAAGCACCUUUUUGCGAACACUCCUGAUAAACUAUACGUCAGUCUCACCGAACCCCUGAGAAAAACAUCACGUAUCAACGUCAGCAGCAGCAGAGGCCUCACAGGAAACCACUUGAAUAUAGGCUCAUAAAAGCCCCCUGCACAUUUAGCACCCUUUUACUUAGCACAUCACACCUACUGCUUACUUCGAACCCUUGCAAGGAACAGCACAAAGGAGGAAAGCUUUCUAUUGGAGUUUUGCGCACACGCACACACACACGCACACACGCAUCAGCGUGUAAUUGUGCGGGUAUGAGUAAUGAGUCCCUGUCCCAGUGGAGAUCUACACGAGAGUGAGUGAAGAACCUGAGAAGUGGAUCAGCAGCAGAAAGCUAAAAUGCUCACAACAACCCUUUUAGUGCCACUGAAAUAAGAAGGUAGAGCAACAUGGGAAGUCAACCCAGCAAAGGCAGACGAAGGUCCAGUGUAGAACCAUCUGUGAUGAGUCAGGAGGAACCCCCUGAGCCCAUCAUUCUGGACAACAACAGGUAUGUGGUGGUGGCCUUGUACAACUACCCGGCAGGGGAGGACUGCAGCAUCCGAGUGGGAGAGCGACUGAACGUCCUCUCAGAUGAGGGCGAAUGGUGGAGAGUUAGUUCUUCAGCAACAGGGAGGGAGAGCUACAUCCCCAGCAACUAUGUUGCCAAGGUGUUCCACAGGUGGCAGUUUGAGGGCAUCAGCAGGGAGAAAGCAGAGGAGCUGCUGCUGUUGCCCCACAACCAGGCCGGGUCUUUCUUGAUCCGCCAGAGUCAAACUCACCAUGGGACAUACUGUCUGUCUGUGAGGAGGAGCACGACGUCUUCCUGGGGUGCUGUGAAACACUACCGCAUCAAGCAGCUGCAGAACGGCUGGUACUACAUCUCACCUAGCCUCACCUUCUCCUCGUUGGCACAACUAGUGGAGCACUACUGUGAAAUGCCUGAUGGGCUCUGCUGUUUAUUGAAGGAGCCCUGUUUCAUCCAGGGCUCCAACAACGUCCCUGUGGUGACGGGUCCCCUACCUAUAACUGUCAGGAAGCCCACACUCAACUGGAAAGAAGUAGACAGCUCCAUGAUCUUCAGCAAAGACACAGCGAACAAAGAAGAAUCCCUGGUCAGUGAGGGUCUACGGGACGCCAUUACCUCUUACCUUUUUAUGACAGAUCAAGAAAACUGUGAGGACUGCAUGGAAGACUGGAAGACCUGAGGGUGUAGAGGUCCUUGUGUUCCAGGAGAGAACACCAGAAUAAACAGUGGAGAGCAUCAAAGCUUCAGGGGACACUGUGGGAGCAGACAUGCCAUAAGGGUGGAGUGAAGCUCUUUUUCCACCUAUCAUCUAAGUGCCCUGUUAUGAAAUGCAAUGGCCCACUCAAGGCACUCAAGGCAUCUGCCAGAUUCCUUGUAGCUGGGACCUGUUUUGAUUAGUUUUUUAAUCAACAGUUAUCUGUACACACAGAUAAAGGAACUUGGGCCAAGAUGACAGUAGAAGGAGAGUAGCUACCAUGCAGAACUGGAAACUGUGGCAACUUAUCAAGGAAGGCAAUGGCUCUUGAACAUGAAAGUGGAAGGCAGUGACAUUUAUGAAACAUCCCAUUCUUGACAGAAAAACUCACUGUGUCUACAAAACCAAAAAACAUUCCCCUGUGUUCUGCGCACGUUUCCUGCUCCUCCAUGAUAGUCAUCUGUCCGUCACCAGCAGUUCGGUCACUCUCAGGUAUUGCCCAGAGGCUGUGGACUGACCUCCUGGUCAUUAUCUGUGGAAAGAAGAGCAAUGGAAACACUCUCUAUGGACUUUCGAAGAUUACAUAUGUUCACCAAAGUUGUAUCCCAGCCUGGGAUCUUUCAUUAAAUUAUAAAAUGUAGACUCUGAGACUGAAUCAAGUGUUCUGUAUAUCACAAAAAUCCGUGUUUCCACUUAAUUCAGUUGCCUUGAAUUUUCGUGUUGUCUUUAGGUUAUUGUAAGUAUUGGAUACAUUUUUCUAUUACACUUUAUAAUAAUAGGCUAUGUUGCACUUGGAAUAUGAAUUUUAAUCUGUACUACAGUGCACUGUAAGAUGCACUGGAUAAGGGUCACCUGUCAGCAGAUCAAUAAUUAAAUAUUAUCGUCAGUAUCAAGACUUGUACUGGAGGUGGUAGCUAAUGGUAUGUUGUUGGCAACAUGAGGCUAGAGAGUGUGGGCGCGUACAGAACUAUUUAUCCAUCAUACGUACCAGCUUAAGAUGGUUCAUAGCAUGUCAAAAACAUCUCUGAGCUAAAUGUAUACAAUACCCUAAGAAUUCUUGCUAUUAAAAUUGCUGGAUAUCUAACAAUUUAACAUGAGUUAAUCAGCACACUUACAUAUUUGUGCCCUUUUAACUCAUUUUUAGUCUUACUUUAUUUUUUUUUUUUUUUUUGUUAAGGAAUGUCCACCCUUUAUUUCCAGUCAUGUUUCUAUACAGAAAUUAAGGGAAAAGAUCAUCGGAACAUGUCAGUUACAUUUUUUAGCUCAAGAUUACUAAAAUCACAUAAAAUCACUUCAUGUGAUUUUAAACUGUGUGACCCAUUGACUAUGACUUUCCACCAGUGUUAUAACAUGACUGGGAGUGUUAUGAUCAAAUGUUACCUCAGUUGGUUGAUUCUGUCAGCACAAAUUAGCAUGUACCUUCUCAACACAAUUUUGUGACCAGUAGUAUGAAAAGAAAGGAAUCUGCUUAGAAAUUAAAUGCACCCGAGUUGUUCAGGAAUGCAGAUGUACAUCGCACAACCUGAAAUCACAGGAAGGUUCACUCGGAUUCACAGCUAAUAAGACGUAAAUAGCCCCUACGACUGGGAGUGACACAAACCUAUCAUGCUGGGUUUCUCUAAAGGACUAAUGCCUUUCAUAUCAUAGUUCAGUAACUCUCUAGCAUAAUGUCACUGUGCAAAAUGAUGGAAUUAAAAGAAAAAAUACAUAAAAACCA